ACUAUGUGUCGCACUGUGUGGAUUGUGGCAAUCGUUGCGGGCAUCGCGUAUGUCCACCAGCUAGAGGCGUCGGUGCGCAUUACCAACUACACGGACGAGUGGGAUCCAAAGUAUCUGGAUGUGGAUUUGCGCGUCCGUCGGCUGGACCAAACUACUUCGAUCGAUUUUGAUUUGGAUCUUAAGCAGGAGCUCGACAAGAAUGUUGAGUACGAUGUGCGUUUGUGCAAACGGGUAGCCGGUAAAUAUCAUCAGAUGAUGUACACGGGCAAGCAGCAGCUUUGCGGCAAGGAGCUGCGCCGGUCGCGCAAUCUGCUCGACCGAUACAUUGCUUCGGAGCUGGUGAAACACUCGAACCUGACGACCCGGUGCCCUAUCAAGACUGGGCACUACGAGGUGCGGAACUUUGAAAUCGACGAUCGCCAUCUGAUGAUGAGCGUGGUACCGUCGGGCGAGUUUCUGAUCGAGGUCGGCGUGUAUCAUCGCGGCAAGGAGAUCAAAAUGAAUCGCUGGUUUGUGACGGCAACGUAAAUUUGCCCGGAUGCUGCUGUUUAAGCAGCAAUUUCACGCUAACGGUAAGACUAUUAAUUCGCAUUUAGUGUAAAUGCUAUCAUGUUUCCUCUGUGCGGUGUAUAAAGCC